AAAUCCAAAGUCGAAUACUGUAGUUUUGACAUUUCACUUUCAAUAUUUUAUAUCGAGCCUUAUCGAUCUUUGAUUGAGAUUUGUUUUGACAUCCUCAACUCCGCUUUCUCAACAUGCACAUAUGUGUUAAAAUUACAAAUACUAACCCUCUUCUUCCAAAAGAUAAAAAUUCAUUGACCUUUUUCGGUUGACAAAUUUAUUCCGAAAAAAAUAUGGAUGGUUCAUGUUAUCAAGCGGACACGAUGAUGUCGGAUGCGGCGGCAGACCAACCCCCUCCGCCGCAUCCGGUGCCCGGGAUUGAUAAUAUUCCGGCGACGUUGAGCCAUGGUGGCAGGUUCAUUCAAUACAAUAUUUUUGGUAAUAUAUUUGAAGUUACUGCUAAAUAUAAGCCUCCUAUCAUGCCUAUUGGUAAAGGUGCUUAUGGCAUCGUUUGUUCUGCUUUGAACUCGGAGACAAAUGAGAAUGUAGCAAUAAAAAAAAUUGCUAAUGCUUUUGACAACAAGAUUGAUGCCAAAAGGACUUUGAGAGAGAUCAAGCUUCUUCGGCAUAUGGAUCAUGAAAACAUUGUUGCGAUCAGAGAUAUAAUUCCACCGCCACAAAGAGAAGCCUUUAAUGAUGUUUAUAUCGCGUAUGAGCUUAUGGAUACUGAUCUCCAUCAAAUUAUUCGCUCGAAUCAGGCUUUAUCCGAGGAGCACUGCCAGUAUUUCUUGUAUCAGAUCCUUCGUGGGUUGAAAUACAUACAUUCUGCAAAUGUUUUGCACAGAGACUUAAAGCCUAGCAAUCUUCUCUUGAAUGCCAACUGUGAUUUAAAGAUAUGUGAUUUUGGGCUAGCUCGUGUCACUUCCGAAACUGACUUUAUGACCGAAUAUGUUGUGACAAGAUGGUAUCGUCCACCUGAGCUGUUGUUAAAUUCGUCCGACUAUACUGCAGCAAUUGAUGUAUGGUCAGUGGGUUGCAUAUUCAUGGAAUUGAUGGACAGAAAACCCCUGUUCCCUGGCAGAGAUCAUGUACACCAGCUGCGUCUUAUUAUGGAGUUGAUUGGUACUCCUUCAGAGGCUGAAAUGGAGUUUUUAAAUGAGAAUGCAAAACGAUACAUCCGGCAACUUCCUCUUUACCGUCGACAAUCAUUUACUGAAAAGUUCCCACAUGUAAACCCGGCUGCUAUUGAUCUUGUCGAGAAAAUGUUGACUUUUGAUCCCAGAAGGAGAAUAACAGUUGGAUAUUAAGAGUGCUUUUCGGAGGAAGUUUAUAUGGAGCAAUCACCUGGUUUUGUUGCUCGGGGGAAUCUAGUAUGGUGUGUCAACUGGGUCGUUCACUUUGUGGUCUAAAACAAUCUCCUUGAGCCUGGUUUGGAAAGUUCAACACAAUAUUUCAGAAGUUUGGCAUGAUUCGUAGUGAGGCAGAUCACUCUGUUUUUUAUCGACAUUUUUCUUCAAAUCAAUGUAUUUAUUUGGUGGUUACGUUGAUGAUAUCAUUAUUAUUGGCAAUGAUCAAGAGGGUAUCAUUAGUUUGAAGUAACACCGCUUUCAGCAUUUCCAAACUAAAGAGCUCGGCAGACUGAAGUACUUUUUAGGUUUUGAAUUUGCUCAGUCCAGAUUAGGUAUUGUUACUUUGCAACACAAAUAUGCCUUAGACAUUCUUGAAGAGAGAGGAAUGAUGGGAUGUAAACCUAUUGAAACUCAGUCCAGAUCCGAUAUUGAAUUUGCUCAGUCUAGAUCAUGUAUUGUUAUUUCGCAACGCAAAUUUGCCUUGAGACAUUCUCGAGGGGACAUGAAUGAUGGGAUGUAAACCUAUUGACAAUCCUAUGGGUUCGAAUGCCACUCAAUAAUCCUGGAAGAUAUAGGCAUCUAGUUGGUAAGUUGAAUUAUCUCACAGUGACCAUAGUGACCACACCUGAUAUUUCCUAUCCUGUGUGUUGUAUGUCAAUUUAUGGAUUCUCCCGAUGAUAGUCACUUGGAUGUGGUUGUUCGCAUUGUGCGAUUUAUUAAGUCAGCUUCAGGUAAAGGACUGCUCUUCGAGGAUCGAGGUCAUGAGCAGAUCAUUGGAUAUACAACCGCUGAUUGGGCAGGAUCACCUUGUGGUAGACGUUCUACAUUUGGAUAUUGUGUUUUACUAGGAGGUAAUUUGGUGUGCAGGAAGAGUAAGAAACUGAGUGUGGUUGCUCGAUCUAAUGCAAAAGCAGAAUAUCAACCAAUGCCGAUAGCCACUUGUGAGCUAGUUUGGAUUAAGCAGUUGUUGAGAGAGUUAAAAUUUGGAGAAAUUAGUGAAAUGGAACUUGUGUGUGAUAACCAAUCGUCUCUUCAUGACGCAUCAAAUUCAGUAUUUCAUGCGAGGACUAAGCACAUUGAGAUUGAUUGUCACUUUGUGAGAGAAGAUAUUUUCUAAGGAUAUUGUUACAAAAUUUGUAAAAUUGAGUGAUCAGCUUGCAAAUAUUUUCACCAAGUCCCUCAAUGAUUCUCAUGUUAAUUACAUUAACAAGCACGGUACAUAUGACUUGUAUGCACCAGCUUGAGGGGGAGUGUUAGAAUAUGAGUAGGAAUAAAAAUAUUAUGUAGAAUCCUACUUUGUCCUAGUUGGAAAAAGAGUCUAAAGUAGUGUCUAUAAAUAGGUCUUCAAUGUAAUAAUUUAGAGAACAAUUUAAUAAUAUUUUUCUC